GGGAUCUCCCCACCCAAAGCACCAGGAUCUCAUUUCCAGAAGAAUGGCCCACAUGUCUACAGUGCAGGAACUCUUCCAUGAGGCAGCCCAGCAGGAGGCCCUGGCCCAGCCCCAGCCCUGGUGGAAGAUCCAGCUGUUCAUGUGGGAGCCAGUGCUGUUUGGGACCUGGGAUGGUGUGUUCACGUCCUGCAUGAUCAACAUUUUUGGGGUUGUUCUGUUCUUGAGGACCGGCUGGCUGGUGGGAAACACAGGUGUGCUCAUGGGCAUGCUUCUGGUGUCCUUUGUCAUCCUCGUGGCCCUUGUUACUGUGCUGUCUGGCAUCGGCGUUGGGGAGCAGGUUGGCAUGGGCAGUGGCGGCGUCUACUCCAUGAUCUCCUCCGUCCUCGGCGGGCAGAUGGGAGGCACCAUCGGGCUGCUCUAUGUGUUUGGACAGUGUGUUGCAGGUGCCAUGUACAUCACUGGCUUUGCUGAGUCCAUCUCGGAUUUGCUGGGCCUCCGGAACAUCUGGGCUGUGCGAGGAAUUUCAGUUGCCGUGCUUCUGGCCUUGCUGGGGAUCAACCUAGCYGGCGUCAAAUGGAUCAUUCGAUUCCAGCUGCUGCUGCUGUUCCUGCUGGCCGUGUCCACGCUGGACUUUGUGGUGGGCUCUUUCACCCACCUGGACCCAGAGCAUGGUUUUGUUGGAUAUUCACCAGAACUACUACAGAACAACACUCUGCCAGAUUACAGUCCCGGGGAGACCUUUUUCACUGUGUUUGGGGUGUUCUUCCCAGCAGCUACAGGAGUCAUGGCCGGCUUCAACAUGGGAGGCGACCUCAGGGAUCCGGCUGCCAGUGUCCCCCUGGGCUCCCUAGCAGCUGUUGGCAUCUCGUGGUUUCUGUACAUCGUCUUCACCUUCCUGCUGGGCGCCAUCUGCACCCGAGAGGCCCUUCGCUAUAACUUCCUGAUAGCUGAAAAGGUGUCCCUAGUGGGCUUCCUAUUCCUUCUGGGCUUAUACAUCUCGUCCCUGGCCUCCUGUAUGGGAGGACUCUAUGGAGCUCCCCGGAUCCUGCAGUGUAUUGCCCAGGAGAAAGUGAUUCCUGCACUUGCCUGUCUGGGACAAGGGAAAGGGCCAAAUAGGACACCUGUAGCAGCCAUCUGCCUGACCAGCUUGGUGACCAUGGCUUUUGUCCUUGUGGGUCAGGUAAAUGUUCUGGCACCCAUCGUCACCAUCAACUUCAUGCUGACGUAYGUUGCAGUGGACUACUCUUACUUCUCCCUGUCUAUGGGUCCCUGCAGCCUUCCUCCGGUGCCUGAGCCUGUGCUUAGGGAGACCUCAGAAGCUCUCCCCUGUUCUGAGCACCUGCUCUUAGAGAAGGCUCCCAGCUAUGGCUCUGAGGGCUCUGCCCAAAGCCUCUUUGAGGGCACUCUACUACAAUUCACCAAGGACAUGGAUCAGCUCCUCCAGCUAACCAGGAGGCUGGAGAGUUGCCAGCCCAGGCCCGGAGGCRGUGAUAGGAUCCCAGAGAGUCAGAAGAGGAAAUGCAAGAAGGUCAUCAAGAAGAACCUACAAGAUAGCUUCCUCUUGAACCUCAAGUCCCCGACUUCCUUCCCUACUGAGGGCUCUGACGGGUUGCCUGCUGUCUCYGGGGAGUACCAAGAGUUCUACCAGAACAAGCUGACUUCCAGGAGUGAAGGGAUUCUGCCUGGGGAAAUGCAUGGGCAACAAUUUGUCCCUGAGCCAAGCAACCAGCCUAGGGUGAGUGGAGAAGACUUCUCCCUGAAGCCCAGACUUCAGGAACAAGAAAUCCAGAGGAGACCAACUACUUUCUACACCCGCAUGUGCAACCCCUGGGUCUCCCUGUUAGGGGCAGUUGGGUCCCUUCUCAUCGUGUUUGUGAUCCAGUGGGUCUAUACCCUGGCUAACGUUGGUGUGGCUGCCAUCGUGUACCUCUACAUCGGCCACGCCAGUCCAGGGCUUCACCUUGGAUUAGCCUCCAACUUCAGUUUUUUCCGAUGGAUACGAUCUCUUCUGAUGCCCUCCUACAGGAGCUUGCGGUCCCAGGAGCAGAUCAUUUUGGCACCAUCCCUGGCUAGGGUUGACAUGGAGAUGACUCAGCUCACCCAGGAGAACACAGACUUUGCCACUCGAGAUCGCUACCACCACUCCUCCCUCAUGAGUCAGGAACAGCUGAUGCCUCUGUACUAGGAGCCGCGCUGGGACCCUUCCUCUCCUAGAGCUUCGCUGGGCUCAGUGGACCCAAAGAGAAAUUCGUGGAGCUGCUUCUCCCUGAUAGGAGACCCAAGGCCUGCCUGACCUCCUGCUUCUACUUUGGA